UCUCCACUUUUCUUGUCCGAGUAAAAAUGAUCUCCCUUGCCUUCUUUAAAGCUUCAUUCCUCCUGCAGUUUACCAUAAUUGCAUCAUUUCUACUCGCUGCCUAUGCUGGUAAUUUUUAUCAAGAUGUCGCCCAGACUUUUGGGGAUCAGAGGUUUAAGAUUCUUGAGGGCGGCCAACUUCUGACCUUGUCCUUGGACAAAACUUCGGGCUCUGGAUUUCAGUCCAAGAAUGAGUAUUUGUUUGGAAGAUUCGACAUGCAACUUAAGCUCAUACCAGGCAACUCUGCUGGAACCGUCGCCACAUUUUAUUUAUCAUCCCAAGGACAAGGACAUGAUGAGAUUGAUUUUGAGUUCUUGGGAAACUCUUCUGGACAGCCUUACACAGUCCACACCAACGUUUAUGCUCAAGGAAAAGGUGGCAGGGAACAACGGUUUCGCCUGUGGUUCGAUCCCACAACAUCCUUCCACACCUAUUCAAUUGUUUGGAAUCCUCAAAGGAUCAUAUUCUUGGUGGAUAACAUACCAAUAAGAGUAUUCAACAAUCAAGAAUCAAAUGGAGUACCAUACCCCAAGAACCAGGCCAUGAGAGUCUACUGCAGCUUGUGGAAUGCAGAUGACUGGGCUACACAAGGUGGCCUUGUUAAGACUGAUUGGACGCUUGGCCCAUUCACUGUUUCUUACAGAAACUUCAAUGCAAAUGGAUGUGUUAAGGUACCUGGAUCAUCAGCCUGCGGUUCCACAAAUUCAUUGAACAAUGAUCAGGCAUGGCAAACUCAAGGGCUUGAUGCUAAGGGGAGAAACAGGAUUCGAUGGGUUCAGCAGAAAUUCAUGAUCUAUAAUUAUUGUAGUGAUGCUACCAGGUUUCCACAGGGCUUUCCUAGUGAAUGCAGGGGCUCUAGGUUCUAGAUUGCUCGACGGUUGUUUUUCUGUGUAAACAUCAGAAGUGGAAUUCUUUAUUCAUUUUGUAAAUUUUCAACAGAUUUUGUGAAAUUCUUUAUUCUUUGUAACUUGUAGAAUGAGAAAAAAAAAUGUUGAUUAGAUAUUAUUUUUUGAGUAAAAGUCGAAACAAGU